UCCCAGGCAGAGGGACCAGAAAGGGCAAAGCCUUUGAGUAGGAUGUGCUAGAGGCCAUCAGGUGGGGGUGGUGAUGAGGCCAGAGAGGCCAGAGCAGGUUGGGUCAGUCAGGGCUUCGUAGCCACGGUAGAUUUCCUCCAGGAAUGAUGGGGAGUCACGGGAGAGUUUUGAGCAGUGACUGUGUCCAGCAGCCCAGGGCCCCCUCACUUCUCCUCUGUCCCCAGGCACAAGCACCAUGGAGAAUGAACAGAGAGUGCUUCGAAAGGGCCGGAAGCUGGGCUCUAGCCGGCGGCGACAGAUGCGAGAGACGGCUGAUGGCCAGGACUCUUCUGUGGCCCCAGAGCCAGGGUCCUGGUCCUCCCAAUCAGCUGCAGAACUGCAGAGCUUCUUCCAGAAUUGUGGUGCCAAGGACAGAGGCUUUGUCACUCGAGAGGACCUGGCGGUGGCCAAGUUCAGCUUCCUGGGCAGUGAAGAGGAGCCGGAGAUGAUCUUUGACUGGGUGGAUGUGGAACGGAAAGGACGCCUCUCCCUCGAAGAAUUCAGCUCUGGGCUCAAGAGCAUCUUUGACUCCAGCCCAAGCAUAUACAGGCUGCACAGAAGGAGGCCACUGCCCUCUAAGCGAGGUUCUGUAGCCACCAGUUUCCCGGCACUGCAGGAGGCCGAUGCAGAGGAGAAGGAGGCCUUCAUUGCCUUCAUGGAGCAGCUGGGAGCCAGCCAUUUACUUCCUGAGCAGGAGAUCUGGCAGCUGUGGCGGAAGCUGCGGCAGGAGGAGCCCCAGCUGGCAGACAACCUGGAGGGCUUUCUGGCCAAGAUGACCAGCCGCCUGCAGGAGACCCAGGCUGACAAGGAGGUCCUAGAGCUGACCCUGAGGAAGAGGGACUCUGACCACCAACGAGAGGUUCAGCAGCUCUAUGAGGAGAUGGAGCAGCAGAUCCAGUGGGAGAAGCAGCAGCUGCAGGCUGAGAGCCACUCCCGGGACCUGGCCCUCAGCUCCCAGAUGCAGGAGGUCCUGGAGGCCAAGGAGCGUGAGGUGCAGCGGCUGACCGAGGGCCAAAAGGAGCUGGAGGCCCAGCUCGACCACCUGAACAGCACACACCAGGAGGCCAGCUCCGAGAACCAGCAGCUGCGGGAGGCCGAGCGGGACCUGGCUGGGCGGCUGGAGGAGGUGCGGGGGCAGCUGCAGGUGACCAGGGGGCACCUGAAUGCUGCCAGGGGGUGCGUGUCCUGGCAGAUGGAGGAGGAACCCAGAGUCCCCAGAGCAGGUGAGGAGAAGGCUCCAGACUCUCAGGCAGUCUCCUCUGAGGAGACUCCCCUGCCCGGACUGUUUGGGGACAACGAUGACUGGCACCAGCUCCUGGACAGCUUUGGCAGCACCGCAUACAAAGCCCUGCAGCUCUCCUGGAGCCCACCCCCAACCCCAAGAGCCCUCUCGGGCCCCCAGACACCCCGAGUGGUCAGGCCAAUCUCUGUCUCGGAGCCACAUGCUUUUCUCUUUGGUCAGGAGCCAUCUUCAGAUCCAAAUGGGGUUCCAAAGAGCCCCCCUGGGGUGACUUCCGGGGUCAAGGAGGAGAAAGGAGUGGACACAGAUGGGCUGGGCAUCAGCCCAGAGCAGCCUGGAGAGGCCCCCAGCCUGGCCCCUCAGGAGGAGCCAGGGCCUGGCCCCGGGGUCCACUUCCGCUGGGGUCUCCCAGGGACCCUGGCUGGGGAGUCAGGAGGCCUGGUGGCAGCUGCGCUUAAAGUGCUCGUUCCUUUGGGAGAUGAGUCCCCUCCUCACGUGACCUCUCCACCUCUGCAGGCCCCAGCUGGGCCCAGUGAACUGUUCCAGACCCCAGACACAGACCAUGAGGGCCCCGGGUCUGGGCCUGUCCCAGCCAAGCUGCCAGGGCAGAGGGAGGCCCUCGCCCUGGAACCACCAGCCACUGGCUCUGAGCCAGGCCUGGGGUUCCCAGAAGUUGGAACCCUCACAGCAGGGCUGGCUGAGCCCUCCUGGGGCCAGGAGCUAGGGGGUCCAGCUCCCACAGAGGGGUCAGAGCAGGACAAGCUGAGCCCAGAUGCACAGGGGGGUCGUCCUGGGGGUUUACAAGAAGCUCAUGGCCACGUCCUUGGGCCAGAAGGGCUACCUGCCCUCCCCCACCAGAGUCUGAAAGCAGAGCCUAGGGCUGAGGAAAGGAAAGCAGUGGAGCAGGCAGGGCAGGAGCUCAAAUCAGGGAUGUCCCUUGAGCCUCAUGGCCUGAAAACUGCGGGUUCAGAGCCCCCUCAGCAGGAUCUCCUGCCUGCUCCCGUCCCACGUGACAGAGCACAGGCUCAGGCGGAAGUGGAAGCCCCAACUCCUGGAAAACCAUCUCCCUCGGGGGCCUCUCCUCCUGUGGGGAUGCAGCCUGGCGAUGGAGCAGGGCGCCAGGAGCCCACGCACACCCUCUCCACCAGGGCCGAGCUGGAAGUCCCACCCAGGCCCCAACCUGCAACCGCUCAUGCAGAAGAAGAACAAGGCCCUGCUCAGUCCAGGGAGCCACGGGCAGAGAACACACCUGAAGAUCUGGAAACGGACCCCGGAGGCCCUGGGCCAACUCCAUCCCCGGGGGACCGCACAGCCAGUGAGCCUUUGGCCAACCCUGAUUACAUCUUCCAUGUCAUCUUCCUGGGAGACUCGAACGUGGGCAAAACAUCCUUCCUGCACCUGCUGCACCAGAACUCCUUCGCCACCGGGCUGACAGCGACUGUGGGAGUGGAUUUUCGGGUCAAAACCCUGCUCGUGGAUAACAAGCGCUUUGCACUGCAGCUCUGGGACACAGCCGGCCAGGAGAGGUACCACAGCGUGACACAGCAGCUGCUCCGCAAGGCCGACGGAGUGGUGCUCAUGUACGACGUCACCUCCCAGGAGAGCUUCAUGCACAUACGCUACUGGCUGGACUGCCUCCAGGAAACAGUGUCUGAUGGUGUGGUCAUCCUUCUCUUGGGAAACAAGACAGACUGUGAGGAGGAGCGGCAAGUGUCCACUGAGGCUGGGCAGCAACUGGCCCAGGAGCUGGGGGUCUCCUUUGGAGAGUGCAGUGCUGCCCUGGGUCACAACAUCCUGGAGCCCGUGGUGAACCUGGCCCGGGCACUCAAGAUGCAAGAAGAACGCCUGAAGAGCUCGCUGGUGGAGGUGGCCCCCGAGAGGCCGAAGAAGAGAGCUGGCUGCUGUUUCUGAGCGCCUGGCCUGGCCAGGGUCGGAUGGCCACCUCUCUGGCUUUCCUGUUCCUUGGCUCCUGUCCCACAUGCCUGGACACAGCAAUGGCAGAGAAGGCCAGCUUGGAAG